GAGCAAGUUAUUUAGCUUAAUACUCUUAUCCAUCGUGUGCUCCGAGCCGGGUACGGGUCGUCAGCUCUUUGCUUAUUGCUCUGAUAGACCAAUACGUUUUAUUGCAAAAAAAAGUUCUGUUUGUAUGCUAAUAGGCAUUGAUUUUAUAAAAAGUUUGUUACAAAAAAAAAAUAGCUUGUGUGCGCUUCGUGAUAUGAGUGAACUCUUACAUUACUUUCUUAUUGACAUAAACUUUCAACAUCGUUUUAUUAUGAAAAGCUCGCGUGUGAACACAAAACUAAGUCCCGUCGUCGAGAAGCAACAGAGCAGCGCAGAAUCAGCAGGAAAAUUUCGACAAAAUCACGAUAUUAUUGGAGCUUUCAUUAAUAAAACAAACAAUUUAAUCCGGAAAAUUUAUUAUUUCUGAUUAAUAUUAUUUAUAUAAAUAUAUAUAUUUAUAUAUUCAGUUUUUACGAAGCGCAGACUCAAACAACCGCGCCGAUAUCGUAGAAUGGUAGAAGGUGAACCUCACUCAAAGCCCAAUAAUAAGUGUGAUGUAAAAGACAAUCGUCUAAACGGCUGCGGUUCAAAAGACCUAGAACUUGCCGGUAUUGGGUCAAAAGGUAAAUCCUUAGACCCCGAAAAAGGAUCAUACAUAAAAGCUGACUUUGAGAAAGCUAUCGAACUAACCGAAUAUGGAAAGUUUCACUACUUUCUACUGGCGGUAUGCGGGUUCGUCAGUACAAGUGAGGAGAUGGACGUAAUUUCUAUGUCCUUUAUCCUGCCAAGUGCACAAUGUGACUUGAACUUGAGUACCGCGGCAAAGGGAUGGCUCAGCUCGAUCAUCUUCAUUGGGAUGAUGGCAGGAGCUUAUGCGUGGGGUUCGGUAGCAGAUGCACUGGGCCGACGUAAAGUUCUUAUCGUCAUCUCAUUUAUGAAUGCCCUAUGCAUUGUUGCCUCCAGUUUUAGCCAGUCCUAUGAACUAUUUUUGUUCUUCCGUUUUUUGAACGGUGCUGCUUUAGGUGGCAGUGGACCGGUUAUCUGGUCAUACUUUGCUGAAUUCCAGCCAAAAUCAAAACGAGGUUCAAUGUUAUCAUUUAUGGCAGCAUUUUGGACUCUGGGAAAUUUAUUUGUGGCUGGAUUGGCAUGGCUGAUAAUCCCACAUGACAUUGGUAUUACAAGCGAUUCAUUUACAUUCAAUUCUUGGCGAAUUUUCCUGCUGAUCUGCGCUGCUCCGUCAUUUAUCGUGGCGGGACUACUAUUUUUACUACCCGAAUCACCAAAAUAUUUAUUAUCACGCGGAAGAUAUGACGAGGCAUUAAAUAUAUUUCGCAAUAUAUAUGCUAUUAAUACUGGAAGACCACGUGAUAGUUACACAGUUAAAGAAUUAAUACUUGACGAUUAUAAUAAUAUUAAUGUUGUGGAGUCUAUUAAAAGUACGGCAGGAGCGAUUGGCAGCGGCGCCGUUGGUACCAAAGAUACUAAUAAUAAAAAAAAAAAUAAGUACAAGAUAAUGUUUGGUGAUAUUAUGGAUAAUAGUAAACAGUUAUUUGUAUCACCAAUACUACGUUUCACAGUGAUAUCUAUUAUUAUUAAUUUUACAUUUCACAUUGGAUAUUAUGGGCUCAUGAUGUGGUUCCCGGAAUUGUUCAAUCGAUUUGAUCUAUUCCAUCAACGUCAUCCUAAUCAAGAUACAGAUAUUUGCCAAGUUACUGAUUUUUAUAUUAAAGUUAAGAAUAAUAUUACGGCGCAAGAUCAACCCUGUGACAGUAAAAUUGGAGAAGCGGUUUUUAUUGAAUCACUUAUUACUGUUGCUUCUGCUAUACCAGCUAAUAUAAUUGCUGUUCUUGGUAUGGACCGUUUGGGCCGAAAGUUCUUCCUUGUUUUCAGUACAUUGUCAUCGGGUGCUUGCUCAGUUGGGUUAUACUUUGUUUACAACAAAGUACACAAUGUUAUUGUUUCGGCAUUCUUUAGCGGCGUGAUAAGUUGUGGUAAUGCGGCUCUUGACUGUCUUAUCACGGAAGUAUUUCCUACGAAUUUAAGAGCCACCGGUAUCGCUAUUUCAAUGGUAGCGGCUCGACUUGGCGGUAUAAUUGGUAAUAUUGUCAUAGCGCAGUUACUGGACAUGUAUUGUCCGGCACCUACUUUUAUUGUUGCUGCUCUUCUUAUUGGAGGAGGAUUACUGUCAUUAUUUCUACCAAACACAACACGUGAACCACUUUCCUGACACCGGCAAACAAAUAAUUCAACAUUUAGAUAUUCCAUGUAUAGUACGCGCAAUGCAUUUGUGAAAUACGAGCAUUUUAAAACGUAUAUAAAUAAAUAACAAUAAUGGAGAUAACAUUAAAAUCACGUGUAGCUAAAAUUCAUCAGACAGAGUAGUAAUUAAAGUAGUGUAGUUUUAUUUUCUUUUAUAGAAAGGAGUAAUCAUAUUCAUAAAUUUUAUGUUAUAAGACUAACUGAUUGUCAUAAGCGUGAUCUGAAUGGUUGAUAUUAAUUAAUCAAAAUGUUUAUUAGUUCUGAAUGUGAAAAAAAUUAAGUAAUAAUUAUUAUAAUAAUAAUCAUCAAUGUAAACAAAUUUAUUAAUAUUUAAUAGUUCUAGUUAUUACUAUAGAAAUGCUCAAUCGAUUUUUUUUUGUUUUUUUAAACUAAUUUUAUAAAAAAACAUUUCGAGCCGUAUCUCCAAUAUUUUAUAUUAUUAUAUUUUCUUGCAUUAUUCAUUCAAUUUUAUUUUAUUACUAUACAUUUAAAUUUUAUUAUGUUAUAUUACUUUUAAUUUGGAAACAUUUAUUGCAGUCUAUGCAAUUAGAUUUUAAAUUUGUGAUUUAUCACAAAUAAAUUUUUAAAAAUAAAAUAAUUAAAACUU